AUGGCUAGGGUGGAGAGCCUUCACAAUAAAUCGCGAUUGAAGUCAAGAGCACUACGGCUUCUCACGUUGGCAGUCACAAAGCUAGCAAACCAGAGAUGCCUUAGCAAGCUCUUUACGCACGCUAGCGGCGCCAUACUGUAUCUCAAUUUUUGUAUCAAAUUUGGAGAUUGUGUGACCCUCGCGGAAGCAAAUACACUUCAAUUUAUCGCAAACCACACCUCUAUUCCUGUACCAAGAGUCUACCAUGCUUUUACACACCACAACCAGACCUACAUACUUAUGGAAAGGAUUCGUGGCGAGACCAUAGCAAAGAGGUGGCAUUCGCUUUCGGACUCAUCAAAGUUGUUAAUAUUCACCCAACUCAAACGGAUGAUAGAAGAACUCCGGUCUAUACCUUGCCAGACCAACGGCGUCUCCAAUUUGGACGGUGGUCCAAUACACGAUUAUCGACUUCAUCCGUCUUCUUGUGGACCUUUCGACACCUUAUCCGACUUCCACUUGGCACUUAGGAACAACGUGACUCUUCCAUCUCUCCAAGCACAAAAUCAUAAUUCACCAAAUCCCGCCGCUAUAUUAGAUGUGAAAAAGCUCGUUGCGUUUCAUGAGUCCGUGAUACGUUCACCAGUCUUUACGCACGGUGAUCUAAGCAGCUUCAAUAUCCUUGUCCGCAAUGACGAAGUCGUUGGUAUUAUUGACUGGGAUACCGCUGGGUGGCUACCUUAUUACUGGGAGUACACAACGGCAUGGCAUGCUAAUCCUCAAAAUCUUUUUUGGCAGAAUGAAGUGGGCAACUUUCUAGAUCCACAGGAGGAAGAAUUAAGUAUGGAGAAACUUAGACGUGCGUAUUUUGGGGAUAUCUGA